AAACAAACGGAUAGUAUCAGUACAUCCAUCAUGUAAAAUGUAUAGCGAGAUGAAGAUUCUUCCUUUAGAAAGGCAAAGCAGUAUGCAGUAAAAGAUAUAUGUUUCCUGAAAGCGCAUGGAGCACAUUCUUGUCAGGUGUUGAAUUGCUGAGUGUGUUUAGUGACGCGCCGCACAAUCCCAGCGCAAUGACGCCUAGGCCAGGAAAAGUUGAGGUGCCCAUUGCGGGAGAGGUCAUCUCACGUCGUCCCAAAGGUGCCGCAUCACGAGCUCAUCAUAAGGCCAUCGCCAAAGAUGAUGGAGAGGGGGUGACGAGAGAAGUACAGAAAGUGGUGAGACUUGAUGGUCCUGCCAAGAUCAAUUGGCUUUGCAAGGCUUUACCUUUGUUGAGACGUCGCUCAAUGACAUCCGCUCAAUUCCUGGACAUUGUAUGCAACAACAGGUUUGCGGCAAACAUUGACGACGUUAUGCCUUGGGGCACUCAAAUGAUCAGCAUGCUGCGGCAAGAACUUGAUGAUCUCCAGCCACAGCAGGUUCACCAGCUGCAGCAAAGCGAUCUUUGGAGUCGCUUUGCAGACUCAGAUGACGAGCGUGCAUUGGUGACUGCCACCUCAUCAGCAGCGCCCGGUCGUGCAGCUGCCUUCAAAGCAGCAGCCAAGGCUGCCAAGGAAAAGAAGGCAGACAGCAAGAAGAAGAAGAAGAGAAAGCAUGGGACCCCAGAUCUUUUUUGCAAGCGGAGAUAGCUCAGGUGACUUCUCCUCCUCCUCCUCCUCCUCGUCCUCACAACAGCCAGCGCCAAAUCGCAGUGAGCACUACCGGACCUCAACAGCAAGCUCCAGAUCACAUUUGGCACUCCCGGACCCCAACUGCAAGCAAGCUCCAGAUCAAGCCAGACUUGAUGCCAGAACAAGCGUCAGAACAUUGUGUCAACCCGCAUGUCUGGCAUGUCCUGGGAAUCACCCAAAGUAGAGUUUGUUUUUUUGUUGCUACAGCUUCUUCUGAAAGCUGCACUAUAUAUAUAUAUAUCAAAACCGACUGGGCGAGCGUGGCAGGGAGGGCAGGAAGGGAGGGAGGGACGAAUUUGGCAGUUGGCGCACAAUCAGCUGAGAAGAGCUUAAGAUAUCAGGUGCCAGACAGGAAGCUAUUAAGAAGAAGCACAUUAUUACUUCGAUUAUUGAGAGAAGAAGCACAUCGAAUUAAUUAUAUAUUUGAUUGUUUCUUUGGACAAGAGCUCAUGGUUAGCCAUCACUAUAUAAAGUGAUCGUGAUGUUCGGUUAUCGAUUUCAAUCUGUAGAAUAUGUGUUUGCUGAGCCGCAACGUCAGCAAAUUCGCUACACGCAUCAUCAUUGUUUAGACUGGGCCAAUCUCAGGAGCAGCUCAUCGGCACCUCGGAAGGCACGUGAGCCCAGCAGCUCUAGCGCCAGCGCCAAGC